CAAGUGAGGUGGAUUUUAAAAAUUCAGGGUGUCAGUUGUUAUGCAAAUAAGUAGGCCACAAACGAGGAUGUAUCCAUUUAUUCACAUUCUAAGCUGAUUUAGGACCGUGCGCCUUGACCCGGAGACUGUGGUUUUGUUGAAGUUCGGAGUCUGAAAAUUCAACACAACAACGUUUGUGUGUUGUUGGAUAUGCUAUAGAAUGUAGUGAAUAUGUUAAACGAAUGCGGUGUGACGUAUUUGAGAGAGAGGCGUAUACAUACGUGGCACCAUUUUUACUUAGGUAUACUCGCACUUGAUAGUAAAUAACACUGCUGUCCCCGAUAUUCUUGAAAAAAUUAGAUCUUUCCGGCCGUCUUUUUACACGGUACUCGCGCGAUGUCUUCUUGGACACAGGAGUUACUGCAGGGAGUAGAGGCGGUGCCCGUUUUAGGCACACCUGGCAGACUGGCGGUGGUCGGGGAGAGGGCAGAGCCGGUCCUAACCAGUAAGCACCCCGAAGAGGUCGCCAUAGCCGCCGCGGAGUACGGAACUGGUCGCGUAGUGGUGUUUUCACAUGAUUCAUACGUGCUGAAAUAUCAAAUAAAUGAACCCCGUUUCCGAAUACUGAAUGCUAACGUUACGCGUUGGCUUACUAGAAAUUGGCGGCAAACACUGGAACACGUGGAUUUAAAGGAGAUCAGCUCCGGCUGUGAUCUCCCACCACCGGGAAGCUGUGUGCUGUUGUGGCAUUUAGAUCCCCGGAAGACUACGGCAGAGUUCACAGAAGCUGUUCUUGCACAUCUCCAAUACGGCGGAUUCCUGGUAUGCGGUAUGUGUCCCUGGGGGUGGUUGCAGCUUAAUCCUGGUAAGACACUGGAUGAAUUGCCUCACUCUCCAGUACUCGCUCGGCUUGGGUUGUGUUACAUCCAAGGCUACAUUGACGGCCAAAGUUUAAAUGUGAACGAUAACAUGGCGCAGUGGGCCCACAUAGGGAGAGCCAUUGAAGAUGUCUCCCGGGAUCUGAACAGGAGCGAGAGGUAUGUUGAACUUUUGUCGGGAAUGUCGUUGAUCCCACAAAGUUUCAGGUCUCUAAUGUUCAAGGAUAAUCUCAUUGGGUAUCUAAAUCCAGCGCAGUUGGAAUCUAAUUUUCCAAGUCCCAAAUCGCCUGCAAAUACUUCAACAUUACGUGCUAACGUAAGGGUCCUUGGCAUGCUUUACCGAAUGACGCCUCCACAAGCAUUCUGCAAGCUUCCAGGAAUUGAUGUAUUUCCUGGCGAUUUCAGCUUCAAACCACCAUUGCAAACCGUUCGGCUUAAUCUGACGACCAAACAUAGGCAGCGUCUCUCAACGGGUUAUUACGUCCCGGCUGGACAACCCGUUAAAGUCGCUGUGACAUCUGACCAAGGAACCGAUCUCAGUGGUUGGAAGAUAUGCAUUGGUGCCCAUGAUGACAGUUUGGUAAACGUCAAGGAACCAUGGCGACGCUGGCCAGACGUUGCUGUCUUGGAAGAACUUAAGGCCACAACUGCCUUAUCCUCUCCCUACGGCGGACUGCUAUUCUUCGACAGUCCGGAGAGAAACGCUGAGUUGACCGUUAUUGUUUGCAAUGUCGUAGAAGCACCCUUCUUCGAUUUAACGAAACCCGAAAUCGUAGAAGAUUGGUCAAGAAGGAGAAAUGCUCCAGGUUUGUGGACAGAGUUGGCUGGCAGGCAUAUUGUAUUCACGGUUCCAUCUACCUCCGUCCGGGAGAUAGACGACCCAACCACCAUCUUGGCCCUGUGGGACUCCGCCGUUGCAGCACAGCACGAUCUUCGCGGGACUGACCCCAACUUCCAAAAACGUGAGCGCGUGGUCGCUGACGAGCAACCUUCUGCAGGCUACAUGCACGCUGGCUACCCCAUAGUAACCCACUUAGACGUGGUCGAUCCUAACUUCCAAUACAACGGCUCCGACAACUUUGUAUUCAGUGAGUCAGGGAUGAAAUUGUAUGGAAAUUGGGGUCUUUUUCACGAGAUUGGUCACAAUAUGCAACGCAAGGCCUGGACGUUUUCUGGAAUGGGAGAGGUAACCAACAACAUCUUCACUCUGUAUACGUACGAGGCGGUAACAGGGAACGAUGCCUGGAACAACCCAACGAUGAAGAAAUUUCGAGCCGAAAAGCUACCCCGCCUUCUCCAAACGCAACCUUCUCUCAAUGACUGGAAGAAAGACCCAUUCUUUGCCCUGUGUGUGUAUUCCCAGCUGGCCCAUGAGUUUGGAUGGGGAAGUUUCAAGACGGUCUUCAGACUAUACGAGAACUCUGUGAAGAAGGAGGAGGAAAGCAACCAAGAUGAUGGAGCUAAGAUAGACAUGUAUUUCGGCAGGUUUUCUGAAAUCGUGCGCCAUAACUUGAGCCCCAUGUGUGACUUCUGGGGUAUUCCCCUCAGUACUGGGGUGCGAAAUAACCUGACUCUGUUCCCAGCGUUCUUGCCGAAUGAUGAAAUUACCGCCGCGGGACAAGCCAGGGUUGACCAGGUCCUGCCUAAUUAUCCGGGCAUUGUGAGGGGCCCAUCCAGAUAGAAAGGAAAAUGGCCAUGUCUGAAAUGCCAAACUACCCAAUUAAUUGAGUGAAUGUUUUUUUAGUUAUCCACCUGAAUUAGAAUGAGUAAUAUUUACAAAUUUGAUACUCAAACUUACAUUAUAUUAGCAACUGACCUACGUUGCGGUCUCACCUUGAGACCUUUCACCAGGUGAUGACCUGGAUAGACUGGUCACCUGAUAUCUUGAUGUACGGCAAGGAAUAGUCUCCAGCGCCCCUUCCCAUAUAUCUGAGAUGUUAUACAUGAGGACUUCUUUCUUGUGAACUGUUGGCAGUCACAACAACCGCAAUCCAGUAAUUGUGUGUCACACUAAAUGCAACGGUCCUGCGUGUGACCCAACAGCUGCAAUUAGUCAGGAACUUUACAUCGUAAGAGAGAGAAAGAGGGAGAGUGCCUGUAGGUGCUGAGCAUGUCUGUAUGCGUGAGUGCAAUUAAACGACAUAGAUACGCAAAGAUUUUUUUCACAUUUGCUUCUAGCUUUCAGCUGUAAAACAAAAUUUAAUAUUAGACUCGGAAAAAAAAAUUCAUUAAAUAACCAUGGCUGAAUUAUCCUUCCCAUCAUCACUGUUGCCUUCAUCGGCGUCCUAGCUGCAAUUUGGGCCUAAGUUACAGUUUUGUUACGUAACAGAGACGUUCGCUGAUUUUUGAAUGAAUUAUAAUAAAUCAUGGGAUUUUAAAGGAAGAUAGUAUCUCAUACAAAGUAAUAUCACUAUGAACUUUAGCCUUAGCAAAACUUAAUAUGAGUUAUAACUUAUUUUAAUAAUAAACAUUA